AUGGCUACCCAAAAGAAAACCCUCGCAGACAUCAAGAACAAAAAGCUCCUCCCCAAUGCCGGUCUCAUCAACGGCAAAUGGACCACCACCUCCCUCUCAGGCUCCACCUUCGACGUUGUCGACCCAGCAACACUAGACGUCCUCACCACCCUCCCAGAAAUGAGCAUCCAAGAAACGCAACAGGCCAUCGAAGCCGCCGCCACAGCCUUCAAGGACUAUAAAAAAACCUCAGCGCGAUCCCGUGCUCGCCUCCUACGAAAAUGGUCUGAUCUCUGCCACGCCAACGCCGACGACCUCGCCCUGAUCCUCACACUCGAAAACGGCAAAAGUCUCGUCGAAGCCAAAGGCGAAGUCAUCUACGGCGCAAGUUUCCUCGAAUGGUUCGCAACUCAAGCCGAAAUGAUUCAUGGAGAAACUGUGCCCACUGCGAAUUUGAACCAGAGAGUUGUCACGUUUAAACAGCCCGUUGGUGUGGCAGCAUGUCUAACCCCCUGGAAUUUCCCCAUCGCAAUGAUCACCCGGAAAGCCGCCGCCGCGCUCGCUGCGGGAUGUACAACGGUUUGGAAACCCGCUGGCGAAACUCCCUUAUCCGCAAUCGCUCUCGCCGUCCUCGCAGAGGAGGCAGGAUAUCCCCAAGGCUGUAUCAACCUCAUCACCUCCCUAACAACCGUCGCAGAAGUCGGGGAAGAACUCUGUCGAAACUUGAAAGUCAAGAAACUCUCUUUCACCGGCAGUACGCGGGUGGGAAAACUCUUGAUGAAACAAUGUUCCGACUCCCUCAAAAAACUAUCUUUGGAAUUAGGCGGAAAUUCCCCUUUUAUUGUUUUCGAUGACGCGGAUUUGAAGACUGCGGUUGAUGCGGCGAUUUUGGCCAAGUUUAGGAAUUCGGGACAGACUUGUGUCACUGCGAAUCGCAUCUUCGUGCAAUCCGGAAUCUAUGACGACUUCGCCACAGCUUUGACGGAGAAAAUCAAAACGUUGAAAGUCGGGCCCGGGGUCGAAGAGGGUGUUUUCAUCGGUCCGUUGACGCAUGAACGAGCCGUGGAGAAAGCUAUGAGACAUAUCGAAGAUGCGGAAAGUCAUGGUGGGAAAGUCAUAUACGGGCACGUUGGCAAACCCGACCCCUCAAUCGGAAACGGAAAAGGCUACUUCCUCCAACCCACCGUCAUCACCAACAUGCACACCAACAUGUUGACGACUCGCGAGGAGACGUUUGCGCCCGUGGCGGCUUUGUAUAAAUUUGAGACUGAGGAAGAAGCGGUGUCUUUGGCGAAUGAUUGUGAUGUUGGCCUGGGAAGUUUUGUGUGUACGGGGAAUUUGGCCAGGAGUUGGAGGGUUGCGGAGGAAUUGGAGGUUGGGAUGGUUGGGGUUAAUUUGGGGAUGCUUAGUGCUUGUGAGAGUCCUUUUGGUGGGGUUAAGGGAAGUGGGUUUGGGAGGGAGGGUGGGACUCAAGGAAUCGAUGAGUACCUUGUUGUCAAGUCGAUGCUGAUCAAUGUAGCUAGCUAA